GUAAGUCUGGCCCGUUAAUCGAAAGCCCAAACAGAAGCUUCUCUUAAGGCCCAAUCCGCCAUUACUGAUUUCGCACGCUGCUUUCAACCAAGACGGCGCGCCGGCGGCAGCGGACCGGCGUAAGAAGUUCCGUCGAGAGCCAUGAGGAGGCUGGGCGUCCGACUGAAAUUUUUGUCGAGCACAGCUCGCGAUUGGAAUGGAUCAGACACUGUACGCUCUUCAUUUCAGUGGCGAUAUGCUGGUGGCAAUACUGAAGCAUUCCAAUCAUCUGGGACUUCUUAUGUGGCAAAUCUUAAUGCUGAUGGCUGUUGGCUGAAAGAUAUUAUGGGAUCACUUCAGAGGGAUAUUGUUGGUGCACUUCGCUUGGGAGAGAGAAAUAAAGCAUCAAAGCUGUUGUAUGAGCUUGGUAGUGCAAGUCAAGGAUUGCUAGCUAAGGAUUUUGUUUAUAUUCUUCAAUAUUGUGCAACAGAACCUGAUCCAUUGUUUGUGAUGGAAACUUGGAAAGUCAUGAAGGAAAAGGAUAUCGAAUUGAGUGAAAAAUGCUAUUUUCUUACUAUCCGAGCUCUCAGUAAAGCUGGUUAUUUAAAAGAGGCAUUUAAUAUUCUGAGCUUUCAAUGUGAAAAUUCAGAAAUAUAUCCAACACUACCUUUUUACAACACCUUGUUGGGGGCCUGCAUUCAAAUGCAUAGUUUCGAUCUUGCUAAUGAAUGCUUACAUAUGAUGGAGGUACAAGGUGUGGGCAAAAAUCUUGUAACUCAUGGUCUUCUUCUCAAGUUGGCAGUUCUGCAGCAGGACCUAUCCGCAGUUCAUAAUAUUUGGAAGGAGUGUAUUAACCUCCAAAGUCUGAGCAUUAUAACCCUUCGAAAGUUUAUAUGGUCCUUUGCAAUGUUGAGGGAUUUAAAAUCUGCAUAUAUGGCUUUACAGAAAAUGGUAGCCAUGGCUCUCCAGCAGAAAUGUAACAUCACUAGUACAGCUGAUGGAAAGUUGUUUGAUUUAGGUUUGGACAUUCCCAUCCCUUCCCGCCUUGACUUGGCUGGUAAUAGAAAUGGAGAGGAUGAUUCUACUUGUCUACCUUGUGGUUCCGAGCAUUACUGCAUAAAAGACUCAAAUGUGGGAACUGAGUUGAGGGUGUUAGGAUACACUGAUGGAGCUGAUAAAUUAAGUUUAUCACAGCAACCCUUUACUAGUCCAGUUACGAGAUUGUUGAGGUGGUCCUUUGGGGACGUCAUUCAUGGUUGUGCUAAUGUGCAAAAUGUUGUGUUAGCCAAGCAAUUAAUGUUACAGAUGCAAAAUCUUGGCUUGGACCCGUCACGUAAUAUAUAUGACGGCUUCAUUAAAGCAUUGGUGUCCGUAAAGGAUAUCCAUUAUGGCAUUGAAGUGCUAAAAAUCAUGCAACAGAAAAAUAUGAAGCCUUUUGAUUCAACACUUUCAGUUUUAUCGGUCAGAUGUAGCAAGGACUUGGAACUGGAUUUGGCGGAGAAGUUCCUGAGUCAAAUGUCAUCUUGUCGUCAUCCUUAUCCUCUCAAUGCUUUCCUUGAGGGAUGCCAUAUUCUAGAUCUACCUGAACGCGGUGUUUGGGCAUUGGCUAAAAUGAAAGAGCUGGGGGUCCUUCCUGAUAUCCGAACAUACGAACUGAUGUUCUCCUUAUUUGGAAACGUCAAUUCACCGUAUGAAGAUGGAAAUGAACUAUCACAGGCUAUUACCGCUAAAAGGAUAUCAAUCAUAGAAGAGGAUAUGAUGAUGCAGAACAUUCAACACAGCCCUCUAUCCAUGCAGAAUCUGCUUAAAGCUCUCGGAAUGGAAGGAAUGAUUAAGGAGAUGAUUAAGCACCUACAUGUCGCAGAGAACAGAAAUAGUCCUUUAGACAUUUCUAUAUACAACACUGUUCUACAUGUGCUCGUUAAGGCUAAAGAGAGCCGCUUAGCUGUUGAGAUAUUCAAGAGCAUCAUUUCAAGUGGACCCUCUCCCGACGCAGCGACUUAUAAGAUCAUGAUCAAUUGUUGUAGCACUAUGACAUGUUACAGCUCUGCUUGUGCACUGGUCUCCAGGAUGAUCCAGCACGGUAUCUUCCCGGAUGUACUAACUUAUACCGCCCUGAUAAAGGCUCAGCUGAAUUCUAAUAAUUUCGAUGAAGCACUUCAGCUACUCGAUCAGGCGUGCUCGAAGGGACUUCUACCUGAUGUAGUUCUGUAUAAUACUAUCCUCUCAGUAGCCUGUGAGAAGGGAAGAAUCGACGUCAUUGAGCUGAUCACAGACCAGAUGCAUCAAGCUAAAAUCCAGCCCAAUCCAUCUACCUGCAGUCACGUUUUCCUUGCGUAUGUAAACAAUGGUUAUUACAGCACCGCCAUGGAAGCACUGCAGGUUCUAUGUAUGAGAAUGAUGUCCGAGGAAGACGACACUCUCGAAGAGCUCCCGUCAGAGUACGAGGAUUUAUUAUUUUCCGAAGACCUGGAAGCCGAAUCACAGAUAAUGAAGGUUUUCAAAGAUUCGGAAUACCUCGCCACCGCCCUCCUGUAUUUGAGAUGGUGCGCCACUCUCGGGUUUCCGAUAUCGUGGUCGCCAAAUCAAAGCCUUUGGGCAAGACGGCUUUCGCGCAACCACAUGUCUGAACAUAAUGGAUAAUUGUCCUAAAGGUGGCGACAAACAAACAAGAUUGUGUGAAUAUCUUUGACAAAAAGUUGGCGCCGUAUCCCUUUCUUUCAAUUUUCCUGACAACAUAUGUGGAUGGAGACGUCGCGGCAUCAUACAGAUAUUGGAGGCGGAGCGACGGGCAUUACAAGGUGAUACGAUGUUGCAAUGACACUCGUGCCGAUGAGACGAGGCACCGCGACGAGCUCUUUGCUUGCUCUGCUGCUGGUACGUCUGUUGAAUGCUAAAUACUUUUUGAUUGUAGUUUUAUACAUACGCUAAUUUAUUUGAUGUAACGGAAGAUAAUCACUCAAUAAUGAUCAUUGAAGAUUAUGAAAUGGAAGAGGAGGGUGAUUCUGUAA